AUGACUGGAAAAAAAAAUUUGUUCGUACACAUAAACACCAUUCAUGAAGGUCGGAAAGAUUACGGAUGCGACAAGUGCGAGAAGAAAUUUGGACAAAAAUCGAAUUUAUUAAAGCACCACAGGACGGCCCACGAAGCUUGCAAAGAUUACGCAUGCGACAGGUGCGCGAAAAAAUUUACAGAAAAAAAUAGUUUAUUAAGACAUGUAAAGACAAUCCACGAAGGUCGCAGAGAUUAUGCUUGUGAUAAGUGCGUGAAGCAAUUUACAACAAAAUCGUAUUUACUUUUACACCAGAAUAUCGCCCACGAAGGUCGCAAAGAUUUUGCAUGCGAUCAAUGCGAGAAAAAAUUUGGACAAAAUGCACAUUUGAUCAGGCAUCAAAAGACAGUCCAUAAAAGUCGCAACGAUUAAGCAUGGCACAAUUGCGAAGAGAAAUAAUAAUUGACAAUUUUAAAUAUGUAUAGAUACUAAUAGUUUUUCUAAAAUUUCAAUAAAAAUUUUGCUAUUUGAGUAAUUUGUUAAGCCAAGGUGGAAUUCUAAAAAUAAGUUAAAAAUAUUCAUGUUAUUUCUUCCUCAUAAAGGAAGCUAUGUGUCGAGAGCUUUGCAGGCUUUCAUGGUCCUGCUUCGACUAUCCGAUCCGGCUGUAAAUUGGCGACUAACUCGAUACACACAAAAUAAAUAUUUUAUUGGCGCUA